GUUCGCGUGAUCAGGUUACACAAAUAGUCGAAUAGUUGCGGAACUGGGGGAAUGAAAAGAGCACAGAAGGUGGCGGAUGAGCUUUGUCCUUUAAGCACAAUUUUAUAGUUUUGUGGGCCCGUUAUAUUUUUUGUCUAUUUGGGCUCGGAUAUAUAUAUUUUGAACCGCUGUGAAAAUGGCGCAGCCAGACAGCAAGAAAAUAUUCUUUGAGAACUUGUCUGGAGCAGGGAAAGCCAUCGCGGUGCUGACGAGCGGAGGGGAUGCUCAAGGAAUGAAUGCUGCUGUACGUGCUGUAGUUCGAAUGGGAUUAUAUGUGGGAGCAAAAGUUUAUUUCAUUCAUGAGGGAUAUCAGGGUAUGGUGGAUGGUGGAGAAAACAUCAGGGAAGCCACAUGGGAAGGUGUCUCCAGCAUGCUACAAGUGGGUGGGACUGUUAUUGGCAGUGCCCGCUGUAAGGAGUUUCGCACUCAUGAGGGACGUUUGAAGGCUGCUCAUAACCUGGUGAAGCGUGGCAUCACCAACCUGUGUGUCAUCGGUGGAGAUGGGAGCCUGACAGGAGCCAAUCUUUUCAGGGAAGAAUGGAGUGGACUACUGGGGGAAUUGAUGGAGAAAGGUUUGAUUGAACCUGAUGCUGUUCAGAAGUAUUCUGCCCUUCACAUUGUGGGAAUGGUCGGCUCGAUUGAUAACGACUUCUGUGGAACCGACAUGACAAUCGGCACUGACUCUGCUUUGCACAGAAUCAUUGAGGUGGUGGAUGCAAUUAUGACAACUGCACAAAGUCACCAGAGGACAUUUGUGUUAGAAGUCAUGGGCAGACACUGCGGCUACCUGGCCUUGGUGAGUGCCCUGGCUUGCGGAGCAGAUUGGGUGUUGAUUCCUGAGAUGCCCCCAGAGGAUGGCUGGGAGGAGAAGAUGUGUGAAAAACUGUCUGCGACCCGCUCCAGGGGCUCAAGGCUGAACAUAAUCAUAGUUGCAGAGGGAGCCAUUGACAGACAUGGGAAGUCUAUAACCUCUAGCUAUGUCAAGGAUAACCGAGCAGGGAUGAAAAGGCUGAAUAUCAUAAUUGUAGCUGAAGGGGCAAUUGAUCGUAACAACAAGCCCAUUACCACUGACUAUAUUAAGAAUCUUGUUGUGAAAUGCUUGGGCUUUGACACGCGAGUGACAAUCCUGGGGCAUGUACAGAGAGGAGGGACCCCAUCUGCUUUUGACCGCAUCCUGGCCAGUCGUAUGGGUGUGGAGGCUGUUCUUGCCCUUCUGGAGACCACGGCAAACACACCAGCGUGGGUGGUCUCUCUGUAUGGGAACCAGGCUGUACGCCUGCCUCUGAUGGAGUGUGUACAGAUGACUCAAGAGGUUCAAAAGGCCAUGGAUGGGAAGCGGUUUGAGGAAGCAGUUAAGCUUCGGGGCAGGAGUUUUGAAAACAAUCUGAAGACGUACAAACUGCUGGCUCAUCGUAAACCAGAAUCCGAACUGCCAACUAGCAACUUCAAUGUGGCAGUGCUGAAUGUUGGUGCACCUGCAGCAGGCAUGAAUGCUGCUGUCCGUUCGGCUAUCAGGGUGGGCAUCUCUGAGGGCCACAAGAUGUUUGCUGUCAGUGAUGGGUUUGAAGGAUUCUACAAAGGACAGAUCAAGGAGUUUAAAUGGGCUGAUGUCGGAGGAUGGACAGGACAAGGUGGAUCUCUGCUGGGAACUAAAAGAACUCUUCCUGCGAAGCAUGUUGAAAAAAUUGCUGAGCAGAUGCGAAGCCACAAUAUAAAUGCACUGCUAAUUAUUGGUGGAUUUGAGGCCUUCCUGUCACUGUUGGAAUUGUUAGCAGCUCGUGGAAAAUAUGACGAGUUCUGUGUGCCCAUGGUCAUGGUGCCAGCCACUGUCUCCAACAAUGUGCCGGGCUCAGACCUCAGCAUUGGCGCUGACACAGCUCUGAAUGCCAUCACUAAUACCUGUGACCGUAUCAAGCAGUCGGCCAGUGGCACCAAGAGACGUGUGUUCAUCAUAGAGACCAUGGGAGGUUACUGCGGCUACCUGGCCAGUGUAGGAGGCCUGGCUUCUGGAGCCGAUGCUGCUUACAUCUAUGAGGAGACUUUUGACAUCAGAGACCUGCAGUCCAAUGUUGAACAUCUAACAGAGAAAAUGAAGACUAGCAUUCAAAGAGGACUGGUUCUCAGGAAUGAGAACAGUAGUGUCAACUACACUACAGACUUUAUCUACCAGCUGUACUCUGAAGAAGGGAAGGGAGUGUUUGACUGCAGGAAGAAUGUUCUGGGACACAUGCAGCAGGGAGGAGCUCCAUCUCCAUUUGACCGAAACUUUGGGACCAAGAUCUCUGCCAAAGCAAUGCAGUGGAUUUCCAAAAAGCUGCUUGAGACAUUCAGACAAGAUGAAGGCCGAGUAUUUGCUAACACCGAGGACUCCUGCUGUCUGCUGGGGAUGCGUCGCAGGGCUCUGGUCUUCCACCCUGUUGUACAGCUGAAGGAGGAGACUGACUUUGUCCACAGGAUCCCUAAGGAGCAGUGGUGGCUGAAGCUGCGUCCCCUUAUGAAGAUCCUUGCCAAGUACAAGACAAGUUAUGAUGUCUCAGACUCUGGACAGCUGGAGCACGUUGUCCACAACCUACCUAAAGAGUCAGAUGCUUCAGUUGCCAUGUAAAGGCCUGGACUCUUUGACAGCCAUUGAAGUCCAGUUUGUGUGUGAGAGUGAAGGUCUGUGAGGUGUGUUGUAAAAGUGGUUAACAACAUACUGUGUCAUUUCUCUGAGUGUCAGCCUGUCCAGCUCUCCUAACAUCAAACCCCCCCCCACGUACUCUCGCACAUAGACACAGAUGUCUUGCCAUACAUUGACUGUCCUUGUUGCCAUGGAUUGUUAGUAUUAGAACUGGUAAUUUAGUUUUCAAAUUGCACUUUCUUUCUCCAGCUGCUUAGACAAACUCUGAGUCCAGAGCUGCACAAGACCAGAAUAGACACCUGCUGUAAACACUAGUGUCUGUAUCUGCCUAGAACCAGUGUGAGGUUCAGCAUAUUUGAGACUGAUGCAGUACAGUUUUUCUGCUGCAAGCAAGAGAUCUGCUUGCUCUUCUUCACUCUUAAAUGAAUAUUUAUCUUUUUAACAUUCCUAAUUAUUUUGCUUGUAAACAAGGAUACGUUAGUAACUGUACUGUAGGCACUGCUGUGAGUAGCUGUCCGUCAUAUUGUGCCAAGAUAGAUGUUAAAGACUAAUGGAAUAAAAAUGUCAUGAAGUGUACCCUGUUAA